AUGGUUGAUCACAUUCUGAAAACCAUUAAUCAUAUUUCUAUUCUUAUUACUGAUGGAACAGUUAAACGUAGACUUGGUAUGUAUUCGCAAAAAAAACCAAAAACUUAUUUUAUACCAAUGUUCAAUAAUACGAUACUGGACUUGCUGGAGCGUAAUAUUUCAUCUACAUGGAAUCCUCGAGCACUUUAUAUUUGCAUUGCUGAAAGUAAAAAGUCUGCCGUAAAAAUAAUAACUGAGUUGUGGAAAAAAUUCGUUUACAAUAUCACAGUGAUUAUUCCUACAGAAAAUAUGCAAGCAGAUAAAGAAAAUUUUGUAUACGAGACAUACACGUGGCGUCCUUACUAUCCAGAGGGAUAUUGUGGGCCACCGAAAAUACACAAUAUUAUAAGAUUCGGGGGAACUAUGACAAAUAAAACAUACUUAUACAACGAUAAAAUUGGUCUACCAGUACUUCCAAAAAAGUUUAAAAAUUGCAAUCUUACGAUCGAAUUCAAUGUAUGGGAGCCAUACUUUUUACGAAAUAAUGACUCAAAACAAAAGGGUUUGGAAGAACAAUUACUUAAUCUUGCUUGUAACAAAUUAUUAGUCCGACUUAAUUUAAUUGCCACAAUAUCUGAUAAGAAUUUAGAAACGAUUCCAUACGAUGGUGUAGUUGGUUCUAUAAUACCCCAACUGUGGCAUUUAGAUAAGGCUGACAUUACAGAGCCAUAUUUACAAGUACGUAUAUCGAUAAACUAUCAUAACUAUGAUAAACAAACAUUGUGUUCUAUUUUUAGGAUUCCUUGGUAUGGGUAGUACCACAAGUCGAACAGUCCUUACAGUGGUCUAGUUGGAUUAUGUGUUUUUCCACUGAAACUUGGUUAGCUACAGUAUGCACUCUCAUAUGUGUAGCAUUUAUGUUAAAGAUGAUUGGAGAGCGUAACUAUUUAUUAUGGACCUGGGGAACUCUUUUGGAAAAUGGGAUUGGAACGGUAUAUCAAUCAGCAGUCAUAAGCUUCUUGAAAACACCAUGGAUAUUGGCCUGCUUACAUCUGUAUAAUGCAUACAAAAUGGUGUUACUUAGCUUGCUAGUGACGAAUAUAUACAAAAAUGAAAUUUUAAAUCAAAAAGAUGUUCUUGACUCAGGAUUACGAAUGAGUAAUUAUUAUACGAAUUGCAAUAAACAUAUACAUGGCUAGGUUCUGUAUGAUUUCUAUAAAAAUAGAGCACUUUCUUUUAUA